GCGAAACCAAACCGUUAAGCUCCGCCAGGUUGGUACUUUUGUGACAAGUGGUGACGUUUGUCGACGUGUCUGCACAGCUUCGCCCCCUUGAGUCGAAAUAGUUCACGUGUCGUGUUCAUUCGCCUCACAACCACGUACCCAAACUCUCAACUUCAGAAAUGCCGGCCCCAGCUAGCUCGACAACGGUAGGAUCCGGGGGCAGGUCCCCCUCGAAGACGGUGGCCCCCAGGUCCGGCGGCGGAGGCACUGUUAGGCAGAGGAAGACCACGUCCGCUGCGCCCGCCAGGAGAAACACAGGGGCGGGUUCAGGCGGUAUGUGGAGAUUCUACACCGAUGAUUCUCCCGGAAUUAAAGUAGGCCCCGUCCCGGUUCUCGUAAUGUCGUUACUGUUCAUUGCUUCCGUAUUUAUGCUACACAUAUGGGGAAAGUACACUAGGUCUUAAAUUAUGCGGUCAUCAUUCCUUCUUCCGUUAUUAAUUUAAUGCAUUUUCAUACACUACAUUUUAUAUUGUUACAUUCAGAGUUGGAAAAAUAAAGAUUUUAUAACGAUA